UCACUUUCGGUUUCGGGUGCAGUACUGUUCAGACAUACGGAAAAUGAAUCCGAAACUUACCGUUUAAGAUUCAAUUCUACAGAAUUACAUAAGUUCCGUUUAGUUUUUUUUAUUAGGCUACAGUAGGCUUAUAUAAAACGAUUUCGUACAGAACGUGUUUUCGAUACGGAGGUGAAGAGGUAGUGUCGAAAGACAAUUUCAAAACCUUCAACAUUCUCAGUGGGCAUCUGGAAAUAUUUCAAUAAAUAAGCACAGGCUACACCAUGAACACGCUUAACCAACAGUAUGAAGAUAAGGUGCGCCCCUGCAUCGACCUUAUCGACUCACUCCGCUCUCUAGGAGUGGAAAAGGACCUUGCGUUACCAGCUAUCGCAGUGAUAGGGGACCAGAGCUCCGGGAAGAGCUCCGUGCUAGAGGCGCUGUCCGGUGUGGCAUUGCCAAGGGGAAGCGGAAUUGUAACAAGAUGCCCUCUCGAACUGAAGAUGAAGAGGAAGCGAGAAGGAGAGGAAUGGCAUGGAAGAAUUAUUUACAAAGACCAUGAGGAGGAGAUUGAGGACCCCUCUGAUGUGGAGAAAAAAAUUCGCCAAGCUCAAGAUGAAAUGGCAGGUGUGGGGGUUGGGAUCUGUGACGACCUCAUCAGCCUGGAGAUUGGCUCCCCUGAUGUCCCAGACCUCACACUCAUUGACCUCCCAGGCAUCGCUCGGGUAGCUGUGAAGGGUCAACCUGAAAACAUUGGGGAACAGAUUAAAAGACUGAUACGGAAAUUCAUCACAAAACAAGAAACCAUUAACUUGGUAGUUGUGCCAUGCAACGUUGACAUAGCUACCACAGAGGCUUUGAAAAUGGCCCAGGAGGUAGACCCAGAAGGGGAGAGGACAUUAGGCAUCCUGACCAAGCCUGACCUGGUAGACAAAGGCACUGAGGAGACGGUGGUGAACAUAGUUCAUAAUGAGAUCAUCCAGUUGACUAAGGGCUACAUGAUAGUCAAGUGCAGGGGCCAGAAGGAAAUCAUGGAGCAAGUUACACUGGCCGAGGCCACGAAGAGGGAGAAGGACUUCUUCAAAGAGCAUGAUCAUCUCUGCACCCUUUAUGAUGAGGGCUUUGCCACAAUCCCUAAACUGGCAGAAAAAUUAACUCUUGAACUGGUACUUCAUAUUGAGAAAUCCCUGCCUCAUCUAGAAGAGCAGGUUGAGGCAAAGCUGACAGAAAUAAAUGCAGAACUGGAGAGAUAUGGCACUGGACCCCCUGAGGACUCUGUAGAAAGGCUGUACUUCCUGAUUGACAAAGUGACUGCGUUCACGCAGGAUGCCAUCAAGCUGAGCUGUGGGGAGGAGCUGAAAAGUGCCGUUCGCCUCAACAUUUUCUCCACACUCAGAACAGAGUUUAGGAAUUGGAAAUUCCACCUUGAUCACUCUGGUGAAAACUUUAACAGGAGGAUUGAGAGAGAGGUGGCUGAUUAUGAGAAGAACUACCGUGGGAGGGAACUCCCAGGGUUUGUCAACUACAGGACCUUUGAGUUGAUGGUGAAGGACCAGAUCAAAAAACUUGAAGAACCCGCCAUCAAGAAGCUGAAGGAAAUUUCAGAUGCUGUUAGGAAAGUUUUCCUACUGCUGGCUCAGAGUAGCUUCGUCGGAUAUCCUAACCUUCUUAAAUUAGCUAAGACAAAGAUAGAGGCCAUUAAGCGUGUUAAUGAGAGUACCGCAGAAUCCAUGCUGAGGACCCAGUUCAAGAUGGAGCUGAUAGUGUACACACAGGACAGCACAUACAGUCAAAGCCUGGAUGACAUUAAGGAAGAGAAAGAAGACACAAACCAUGUAUUUAAGAGUUAUUUGAGGAGCAGAGAUAACCAUGCCACUCUACAGGAGAUGAUGAUGCACCUUAAGUCCUAUUACUGUAUUGCCAGUCAGCGUCUGGCUGAUCAGAUUCCUCUGGUGAUCCUCUACCUCCUGCUGCAGGAGUUUGCUGCCCAGCUGCAGAGGGAAAUGCUUCAGAUGAUGCAUGAGAAGGAGAACACUGAGCAGCUGCUGAAGGAGGACUUCGACAUUGGCUCUAAAAGGGCGGGACUGCAGAGCAAACUGAAACGCCUUUUGAAGGCACGCAACUACCUUGUGGAGUUUUAACAUGCAUUUUAAAAUGUAGGCUGGGUGUUUUCAGCUGUAGAAGAACAAGUGCUUUGUGUUGGGGCAAAAACUUUUUCCAUUGUCUGUGUUUUUUGUUAGAUUCUUUCCCCCGUGUUUAUUAGGUGUGACAUUUUGGCACUUUGUUUCAUGUAAUCCUUAGUUUAGAUUUAAUGCUUUAUUUUAUUUUUUUAAAUGUACUUUAUAAGAGAAGUUUCCAUGUUCAAAUACCUAAGUGAAAUUAAAUGUAUCGAACCCUUACCCUACAAAUAUACUGCUAUUAUGAUGAAG